AAGGCAAUUCGAAAGAACCUUUGUUCUUGCAUGGUUUCAUUGGUAGCGGCUGAAACACCGAUCACGAACUUUCUACUAUUUUCGGCGGCUUCCAUCCGUUCGGAGAGUCUCUGCUGGUGCAUGCUAUAACGAUGGCGUUUGUUCGCCAAUAGUCAAGAACAAGCUGCAGCGACGAACAGCCUUGUCAAUUCACCAUCACUAUGCCCCUGACAGCUAAGUCCAAGAAGGCUAGCGGCAGCAGCAGCAAUAGCACUGACUCGCCCAAGACAAAAGCAAAGAAACGCCCUAAACAAACCAACACCGCCUUACCCGACAUUUCUUCACCAAUAGCUGUCGUGAGCUCGACUAGGUCCGAUCUCCAGCAAAAGAAGACCGCAGAGGAGGAGAGCCAAGACCCUGCGGCAACAUCAUCACCAGCCCGGCGACGCACGUUGACCUCGCUGCUCUCCAAGAAACUUUCCAAAAAGAAAACGAGCACAGGAGGUGGCACUGGUAGUGCGUCAAAGGCUGCCUCGAGCUCGAGUGCUGACGCUGCCGCUGCUGCAGAUCGCACGCCGCCGUCUACUGCGCGGAGUAUCACAGAUGAAGCGCUGCACAGCUUCAACAUUCGCACCGUGGCACUAGCAAGUGCGAGCGGUGGGACUGCAACAAGUGUGAGCAUAGAAGUGACAAGGGCGACCACUUGCGGAGACGUAGUGGAGGAGCUUGUUCGGCAAGCUAACGAAGUCCAGCAAAGAGAAAGAGAGACAAGAACUGCCACUGGUGUUGGAGUUGAUGUUGGCGGUGGGUCGAAUGGACAACUCUGCCACAAAGACUUCUGCCUUUGUCAGGUGCUACGGGAUGGGGACACGUGCCGUUUCAAACAGCUCUCGUCGAAAUCGCUCAUCGUCACAGAGUGCACUCAUUCACCAGCAGUCACUAGUCAUAGCCCGGCCAGCACGCAACGGCCCGACAAUGAUAGCACGCUGUAUGUCUGCAGGGAGGCAAAGUUCCCUGGCGCGUAUCCGGUCGCCACGGAUACGGACACUGCGCAGCUGAAGCAGAACAGCGGUGGUCUCAGCCUGAUGGUUGCGGCACUGGCUCGACAUCGAGCAUUUGUGGACAUUGACUUGCCAGCAGGACAUAGCUUGAUGACGGUGAAAGAUGUAAUCGAGAACGCUCUAUCCAAGAUUGCAUCCAGCAACAGUAGCAGCAGCAACAAUGCUAAAGGCAGGUCACAGCUAUCCAGCUCUGAUUGUCAAUUGCUGAUGAUCAACACUACUGCUGCAUGCAGUACAGCACGGGAUCGGGCUGUGCGGGAUUGCGGGACUGUGCCUUAUCGUGACUGGUGUUCUGGUGGCCACCGGCUAAGCAGUAGUUCUAGUAGCAGCAACAGCAGUGCGAGUACGCAACAAGACACUGUAGUCAGGCAAGAGAUGAGCACAAAUGACCUGUGCAAGAUGGUGUCAGAUAGUCAGCAUAUUGUCCAGCUUAUCAAACGGCCUAGAGGGGAGAAGCACCUGCAGAAUGGCCAUGGACUUAGCAAGGCCCGCUCACAGCCGCUGGCCAAACCAGACUUCAUGCUUCUCCCUCCCGAUGCUGUGGUGUCUGGUCCAGCUGAUGGAGUCCGUGGCAGUGAUGGCGAAAAUGAGGAUGAGGAUGACAACCUCCCAAUUGGUAUGUUCACGCGCAACGGCGGUAGUCGUCGCAGUGCACGGCUGCGGGCACAGAUGAAUCGCUCCCUGCGUGGAGGCAUCGGUGGCAUGAUGGCAAGGGUUGCUGAUGGCAAGAACUCAGCCAAUGCACCCGCACAGUGGACACAUUUGCGAAUGAGAAAGUCAGAGCACGAUCCUCCGACCAUUACAGCACUGACCAUUACAGCACUGACCAUAGCUGAGGAGACUACAACUAGAAGUACUGAAAAUUUGAACAUCGUCGUAGAGGAUGCUUCAAUCGAGAGCAGUGGUGCCUCACAAGGAGCAGACCCAGACACACCACCACCCUCUGGUGGAGACCGGCAUACACAUCACGUGCAUGUCACAGCUCCCAACGCAGAGGAUAGUGCACCAAUGGGAGCAGGACGUGAUGUACACAGCAAAGCCAGUAUGCAUGUACAAACUACUCAUGCUCGUACGGAUGCUGAGCACACUGUAGAGUUGGGAAUGGCAGCUGAAGACACCUGCCAAGAUGUCAGGAAUUCUAGUGAAUCAGAGUUGAAGAAUGUCGCCGUAACCAAUAGUGCAGAGUGUCAACUCAAUCUACCCUCUGAUACCUCACACAAGCACGGCGUAGAGUAUGCACAUGCCCCUACAAUAGUUAUCACUGCUGUUCCUGCUUGUUCCGUUGACUCUUGCGGACAAGAGCAAGGCGAUGAGUGCAAUACGGAGCAGCAGGAUGAGUGUGGUAUGGAGCUAACCAACUCCACAAGUGCAGCAGUGCAGCUAACCAACCAUGCAAUUUUGUCAGAGGAGCUUCGGCUAGACUCGACGAGUGAGCGAAACGCUGAAGAGGAGCAGGAUGAUGCGAGGCAGACUAGUGCCGAAGAGCAGGUGAUAUCCAGUGAUGUUAUGGAGGACAUGGACCCAGGUAACACAAUGGAGGGAACCGCUGAUACAGCAGCUCUCACACACCCUCACCAGUCAGACGAACAGAAGCAAGAGGCCAACGGAUAUGGUCAAGAUAGAGAUGCACACAAUACACCAGCGGUUACACACAGCCAGAAAGUUACCAUCGAUUCCACCUCUGUCAAGCCCGCAAUGAUAGAUGCCGCAGCCGAGGCAGUUACUGUCAAGACAGGGGAGAGUGGUGAGCUGGAGUCAGGAAAGCAUGUCAGCCCAACCUCCAGUAAUCAGGCUGUACCUAGCACUGUACCUAGCACUGUACCCAGUGAAGUACCUAGUAUACCACACCUAGGUACUAUCAAUAAUGUGUCUGAAGAACAGUACCAAUCCACCACAACUAAUUUUGCAGUGUCACAGCAUGACACGAAUGAAAUUGGCCUAGCUGUUUACACCACUGUAGACAUCAACGCACAGAUCACCACAGAUACCGCCCCUGGCAUCUCUGCUGAUAUCAUCCCUGACGUUGCUACUAAUCCCACUGAUAACACCCCUGAUAACAUCCCUGUUGACAUCACUGGUGCAGCACUUGGUUCCAGUACAGUAGACGCAUAUCAAGCAAUGGUCACGGAGGUAGUAGCAGAAACCACAAUGGAUCGCACAGGGACACCAGCAGCUAAAACAGCAGUGGAGAGUGGAGGGGCACACACAACAGCAUUGGUAACACCGACAGAAGCAGCAGCAGAAGCAGAGGCAGAACCAGCAGCAGAAACAGCGGCAGAAACAGCAGCAGAAACAGCGCCAGAAACAGCAGCAGAAACGGCGGCAGAAACAGAGGCAGAACCAGCAGCAGAACCAGCGGCAGAAACAGCGGCAGAAACAGCAGCAGAAACAGCGCCAGAAACAGCGGCAGAAGCAACAGCAGCAGAGCUAACAAGAGCAUCGGCGGCAGAAGCAGCAGUGGUGCAUGAGUGCCCAGACCAAGCAGGAGAUGGUAGUGUGGUGGUGACUUCUGCUGCUGAACACAGUGACGACACUAGUACCACGUCGUCGCACACUCAGUACACUGAAUACACUGAAUGUAGUGAUGUAGGCCUAAACCAGCAGCCAUGUGACAUGGAUGAGAAGACGGAAAAGCAGGAACCUGAAUCUGACACACUUCAUAAUAGCACUGUCACUGACCAGCUUGCCAACAGCGGAGAACACAGUCAGCUGGAAGAAGUUUCAGCAGUGGAGUCUUUACCCAGUAUCAGUGAGUAUCAUGAUGAGCUAGUGAUGUGCAGUGAGGUGGCAGCAUCAACACCAGCAUUAGACUCGCCGCAUGACGAAUUAGCUGAUGCGAAGCAUGAUGAAGGGGAUAAUUCUACCUCCACGCCCGCUCAUCUGCCCCAGCUUGCCAGUUCUAGCCCCGAAAGCCACGGAACAACCCAAGGAAUGAAUACAAGCGGCGAAUCAGUGAAUACUAUUUCUGAAGAAAUGCAAGACUCAAGUGAUGCUCCAUCACACCCUUCACCUGCACUGAUAGUAAGUGAGAGUGUUGGCAUAAGUAGCAACAACAUGGCAGCCUGUAAAGACCCUGUGAGCGAUGUAGUACUUGACAGCGGCUUAGCUACAGAUAGUGCCAGCUCAAGUGCCAAGCUCCAGGAACCUGCCGGCGGUGACGACAUCUCUGAUUCGCACACUCGUGAGGUGGAGAACCACACCACCGUGGCCGAAUCUCUCAGUUCCGACAGCACAUUGCCAGAACAACCCAGCACUUCUUUGCCCCUCAGGCCACCCAGUCCACAUGGCUGUGAUGCACAGGCAGAAUGGCUCAGUUUUCAACAAGCCAGCGGGACAAGCACUACUCCUACUAUUAAUACUCCACUGGACAGCGAAGUUGCAGUCAGCAGUGCGGUGUGCAAUACUGAACAGCAGAGCUGCUCAGGGCUUGUGACCAGGCACGACAGCAAUGCUUGCAAACAUGUCGGUAUUGUUGAUGCUGAUCUAGCCAUCACGAUGCCAGCACCUGUGCCGAGUGCCCAUCAGCAAGCACAAUCAAUCCUACAUGACACUGUACCCGAUUGCGCUAGUCGAGAACUUGGCAAUUCAGUGACGAAUGCGGGUAUCCUCAAAGAGGAACUGAUGGCUGGUGUAGCAUGUAGCGCCCAGCAGCCAUCACCUGCACUUUCUGCUCAGACAAAUGAAGAAAUCCAGCGGAAAAGCACGGUAGAGAAGGAUGAAGUGAUAUCUGUAGACCACCGUCUGGACACAGAGGAACCAUCACCAUGCAGCAAAGACAGUCAUGCUGUUGUAGAUAGCCAGCUAAUACUAUACACUACCGCCUUGGAUCCAGAUCUGGUCAAGCCUGGUGUGAAUACGCAAGAGCGAGGAGCACCCAGCAGUGUAUUGGCGACUGAUAACGAUAAUAUCAUUAUCAAUACUAUUGACCUUCCCCAGGACAAGGACAGUGCCGAUGCUGACAUGCAAGACUCCACUACAGAUUCCAUGGCUGGUGAAAACCUCGAAGGCAACAGCCUUGGCAUCAUGGAUGCCAAACAUGAUGUAACGGAAAGAAAACAUGCAGCGGAUGGACACUUGGACCCCGGUACCAUGGUUGCAGCCAGACCUAACGAGGAAUAUGAAUCCAGUCCAACUCCCCAGCAGACAGAGCUUCGGACAACUGAUGGAGAUGCAUCAGCAACAGAAGUGCUCAGCAAUGCUGAUGUGCAUAGUAAACCUCUGCCACAAUGCCAGCAGCAACAGCAGCAGCAGAAAGAUCCAAUGCAACAACAACACGACGAACAACAAGAGAAGCAUCAAGGGACUAUUGUAUUACAAAAUCCACAGCCUGUGCAGCAUACAGCAGGGGAAAGCGAUGAAUUGACCAGCACUAACCAACUCAUUACUCCCAGUACUAAAAGCCAGAGCAAUGUGGCAUCACAAAGUGUCGACAAUGAACCAGCAGCAGUUGAAGUGCCACUUGUGAGGCGACGCCACUCCAUGCCCAUUUUUCCACCAGCCGCCAUCACUCGUGUCAAGAAACCAGUCCGUCACUUUGCAAAGCAAUGCGACGUGGCCACACCAUCUAAGCAUGAGUACGAGGCGCAGGAGCAAGGUUCCGUUAACAAUGGUGAUGCCGGGGAAGAAGAAGACACUGUUCUUGUUGCCGACAUGAUGGGCAGAUUCAAGGCAGCACAGGAACUGUUUGGCACUAGGAAUACACCGAAACCGACAGAGAGUGUGCCAGUCCCACCCGUGACAAGACCUGCAGGACGCAGGUAUUCUGCUGGAGAGUCGGCUAGGCCUGCCGUGAGGCCGAAGUCAAGUGGCAAAGCAAACCCAGUCAAACCACCUGCUCCUGCAAAGCCCAAGCCUUCAGCGAAACCAACGAUUCAGUCAAAAACAGCAGUUUCUUCACCGAGCAAUGCAGCAAGUUCGGCAGUGAGUGGAGCAGCUUUGCAACCAUUGCCAGUGUCACCGGCGAAACCACAGACAGCAAAAAGACCAGCACCCCCGCCAAAGCCACCGGUUCGAAGUCGUAGCAAGUCCGUGGGAAGUCUACCCGCUGUGACCGCAAGCCGAAUAAAUCAACGGGCUGCACAAAAGCUAGAGGCCAUGUCAGAAGCCACGUGUGAUUCUUUGCACGAUGAGCAAGACCAACCAGCAAAGCCUGUAGCCACUGCGCUGAAGACCGAUAAAGAAUUUGAUAGAAAAACAGGGACAGAGGACAAGCUUACUGUUGAUUCCCAACAUUCUCAUGAUCGCCAUCUGCAGCAGCAGCAACAGCAGCAGCAACAGGUGGACAAAGGCCAUCAUGGUCUAGCUUCAGCAUUACCCGAGCAGGAUGCACCACAGCACACGGUAUAUGAAGAGAACGUCGGCAUUGACACAAACCUGGAAUUGCUGGACCGGGAUACAGAAAGCACUGCCAGGUCACUGAGGCAUAGCGCCUCGGAUGAGGACUUGCCUGCAAUUGAACUGCCAGUGCGAUCAUCACUGGAUGAUGACACAGAUCAACUGAUAACCAUGCUACUAAGUCUCUCAGGCACAGAUCAUGACGGUUUGGAACUGGACAGUGAUGAUGCAUUCGGAGAGCUAUCAGGAGAUGAUGGUGACGAUGGCGGGACCAGUUCCGCUAAAGGAAGGCUGUCACGAUGCCGGAGUCUCGACAGCUCCUUUGAACACAGUCUCAACUCAUCAGGGACCUUUCACAGGUUGCAAGAUUUAGAAAGAGAACUUGACCGCAUGGAGAACAGGCUACAGGAAUUACCAGAAGACUAAGAGAACAAAAACAACUCAAAAUAUGCAUGAGAUGAUCUUGAAUAUAGUUUGAUAUAGAAGUUGAGUAGAAGUUCUAUAGGUCUGUGAUAUACAUACAGUUUACAAUUUGAGUAUCCCAUAAGAAUUGAGUAGUAAUUUUAGUAAGUUUUGAACAAUUUAGGCAGCUAGCUUGAGAUGAUAUCUAAUUACACAGAAAUUUGAAACACUUGCAGAUAUAGUAGAUGUGUUUGUUGCAUUUCUUGUUCUCAGUUCAGUGGUUGCUUCUUGGAUCUAUUUUGAUUUUCCUUCGCCCAGAGUGUUCAGUUAUGCUGGUAUUACAGUCCAGUCCUCUCACAUUGUCUGCUGAAGAGCAUCUGCAUGAAAACACAGCACCACGCGUGCAUGCAAGAGCCACCAAACACACAGAAUCCGUACGCAAGCGCAUAGCCACCACGUGCAUGCAUUUCCACACUGAUUCAGUAAUACGGAACCAUUGAGGAUAUUUUCCUUGGUCACAUGAUGAUGAUGUCACAUGACAAUAUGGCUGAUGUUGUGAACAGAAAUCGGGAACAGGA